UUGGAAUUCCGACGCCUCCUUUCGGUUUCCCUUUUCCUUCCUCCAGAUUAUUAAAGCCACCUCCGUUGCCUACAGAGAGAGAGAGAGAGAGGAGGGAGCAAAGGCAAAGCAGCCAACGACCAGAGAGGCAGAGGGAGACGAAGCUCUUGAGAGAAUCGCGAGAGAGAAAGAAGAGGAAGGAAGAUGAUGGAACAGGAGGAGGCGUGCUCGUCUUCGUCGUCCCUGACGCUGAGGCAGUGCAGGAUUUGCCAUGACGAGGAGGACGGCCGCCGCUCCAGCAUGGAGUCGCCCUGCGCGUGCUCCGGCUCCCUCAAGUACGCUCACAGGGGAUGCGUGCAGAGAUGGUGCGACGAGAAGGGGAGCACCCUCUGCGAGAUUUGCCUCCAGAAUUUCGAGCCUGGCUACACCGUUCCUCCCAAGAAACCUGCUGAUGUCGCGGUCACCAUCAGAGAGAGCCUGGAGGUGCCCAGGCUGAACUACGAGCCGGAGGAGCAGGAGGUCGAGGACGCGGCGGUGGUCGGCGCCGGCGACCCGGAGUACGCCGAGUGCGCCCGCGCAGCCGGCAGGAGCGCGUCCUGGUGCCGCUCGGUGGCCGUCACGUUCACGGUCGUGCUGCUGCUGAGGCACCUGGUCACCGUGGCGACGGUCGGAGCGGCGAACCAGUUCGCCUUUAGCCUCCUGACGGUGUACUUGCUGCGGGCGAGUGGGAUCUUGCUGCCGUUCUACGUCGUCAUGAGGCUCAUCUCCGUGAUCCAGCAUGGCCAGCGCCAGUACCGCCUGCAGCUGCUCCAGGAGCAGAGGAGGCAGGCGUUGAGAUUGGUUCGGCGGCAGGGUCAGGGUCAGGGACAGCAGCAGCAACAGCAUGUCGUCCUGGUUCGCUGAGGAAGGAGGCGGCAUUCAUCAAGUGUUUGUAUAUCUUGGUACUACAAGGUUGUAAAAUGUACUGGUACCUGGUUCUUCAGGGGGGUUCCAGUUUUUGUACAUCAUUUGCGAUCUGACUCUGUCCAGCCUGCGUCAAUUUGCCGUCGCAUCUGCGAAAUCUGAAAAAUGCUCAAAAGUGAAAAUCUGUGAAGCCUGAGUCUAUCUCCCCCUUGUUCACGAAUUCUGAUGUACUGGUGUCCUGCUACCACCGCAGAAUGUAAAUAAGAGCACGACAGUGAUCCUGCAUGGAUCAUUAUUCCCCCCUUCAAAGGGAGGACCACGAAUGUGGUUUCGCACAAACAAGAAACAGGGGAACUUGUUUAUGUAAAACUCAUUUGUCUGACUGUUACAACCAGUUUCGGCAACCUGAUUAACAAG